AUGCGCGUCGCCCUGCUCACCGUGCUGGCCCUGCUGGGCGCCGUCGACUCGACGUUUAUCAUCGGCUCGACGACGGGCACGGUGGCGGCCGGCCUGGUGGGCGCGAUCGCGCUGGCCAGUCGGCGCGGCAAGCGGUCGGUGGAGAUGCCGGUGCGCCGGGAGUCGGUCAUGUGGGACAUGGUCAGCGCCACCGACCGGCUCGGCUGCGCGCUCAAGUUCAUCUGCCUGAUCCAGGCUCGCUCCGAUGACGAGCUGAGUGACGAGGAGGCCGUCGUGUCGGCCCUCUUCGGCCGUGACCUGGACGGAGUCGACUUCGAGAAGAUGCAGACCAGCAAGGGUGCCUACUGGUACGCUGCCUUCAUGGGCGAGAAGUUCGGCGCCGACUCCUGCAACAAGCUCUUCCACAACUGCCCGCACGCCAUGCCGACCAUGCUGGAGUACCUGCGCGGCCUGAGCACUGAGGCCUAGACGGCAUCGCUGGACGGCGGCCAGAGCGUCAGGCUGAUGGAGGCAGCUGACGUGAAGACGUGGAAACCGGUGCGAGCUGGCAGAGGACAGAGGAGCUACACUGAGCUGAUCAGAGCCAGACAAAAACAGAGCUGGCUCGGAUGUCUAGUCUUUCAGGCAAAUGUUUUGCCUACAACGGUGGUUAUUGAUGCGGGUUUUAUAGUCUGCUCAUUGGAAGUGUCUUGCCCAGAUUUCGCCGAUGCGAGUUCCUGAUUUUCCCAUGACUCGCCACUAUGAGCGUUUUCUUCAAAUAUUGCUGACGCCAGCAGUGCAGGCGUGUUAUGAUCGUGUGCAUGCAAAACACAUCGAGUCAGCAAAAUACAAA